AGCCAGCCGUUUAGGAGAUUGUCACGUAAUGGCACAUUAUGUCAUUUGUCUUAAUUUAUCUUUAUCAAUUCGGUCUGUUUGUAGGACUACACAGGCCCAAAGCCUGAUGCUGCUCAGCGUAUGAAUUUGGAGAAGUCUCUGGAGGACAAAAUGGGCAAGCUCAAUGCUGCCAUAGCUCUGUACCUUACUGCACAUUCAGAUCCAGAAAACAUCGACUACGCGUCUGCCAUCAACUCAAUGAACGCCAUCAAUGAACUAAUGCCAGAAAUUGCCAAAGACACACAAAUCCUGGCUAGUACAUUGGAGCCGUCAUCACGGGAACAGCUGUUGGACGACAUGCAGGAGCUGUGCGACGCCACCAGGGCAGUCUGCGGCACCACCAGCGCUGAGGAUCAUGCGAGAAUGCAAGAAGCAACGAACCAGUACGCGGGUAUCGCUGGCAAAUUGAUAUCUACUUUCGCGCGAGGAUCUAAUGCUGAUAAAGAACAUGAGAUAAUAGAACUGGCGAAGGAUGUCGGUGCGAAGACGUCACUGCUGCUGGUGUCCACCAACGAGUUGACCUGCCAGGCAGCCUCCGAACCUGCUGCACAAGACGUUGACACUGCCGGAGUCAGGGUCGCAGGAGCUGCUACAGAUCUCAUUGCAUGUGCUCAGCUGGAGACAGCCUGGCGCCCUCUGCUGGAGGACCAGACCAGGCAGCCCAUGAGUGACCAGCUUCACUCCCGAGUUGUUGAUGUCGCGAAGGCGUUAGAGAGGUUGAAGGAUGCUUAUGCUAAUUUAGGAGGUGUCGAUGACGAUGAUUCGUCACUUCCGGCGCAAGAGCGGAAGAGGCUCAAGUUCAUCGCGACUAUGAACGGAGCGAAGGGUAGGCUGCAAGGAGUCGAGGAUUUGUGGAACCAGCAAUCGGCGACUGGCGUGCCUUCGGAUCUUGAGAAGGCUGAGGCUCAGCGGCGCAUGGAGCAGAGUAUGGCACAACUGAACGCUGCCAUCGCUGCAUUGGCUGCGGCUACUGCAGACCGAGAGAACCCAGACUACGUGACUGCGGAACUGGCGAUCGCUACCAUAUCAGAACUGAUGCCACAGAUUGUAAAAGACGCAGAGACAGUGAGCUCCGAUAAGGACGAGGCGACGCGUAACGCCAUGCACAAGAACAUCCGCGCCCUCUGUGAUUCCACGCGGAAGAUUUGUGAAGGAGACGGUUACAAACACGUUGACGGUGAUGAAGCUGCUAGCUUCGCGGCAGCUUCUGGCAAGCUGUUGUUCCUCAUCAGCCCAGGAACUGAUAAAGGGAGACAGAAAUUUAUCAUGGAGGAGGUAGCGAUUGCACAAGGUCAUGCAGCGCAGCUGGUUGCUGGAGCUCGUCGGAUGCAGGAUCAGGUCCCAGAACAUACUGCAGCUGAACUCGGCAGCCGCGCUGCUCGAACUGCUGACGCUGCUAACGUAUUGGGGGCUGUGGCACAGGUAACUAUGAUCUUUAAUGGCUUCUACGGCUUAUUCUCGAAACUAUUUGACGAGGUGACUGCCCCAAGUAUCUCCUCGCCGCGGUGUCAAGAUGCCCUGAGUUCUGCAGCGUGUGGCCUGCUGGGCCGCGCGGACUGGCUGGCCGCAGGCUGGCAGCUGCAGGCGCACGAGCAGCCCGAGCUGCAGCCUCACUGCGCGCUGCUCACUGACACACACCAACUACUCGCUGACAGUCUGCACAGGCUGGCUGAUGCAUGCAAUGUUGGACAAGGCGAGGACGUGUCUAUGACGGAACCUUCAGCACAGCAGGAGAAAAAACGACUUCGAUUUGUCAGGAGCUCGGCCGCAGCCAAACAACGUCUGGACGCUGCAGCACAGCAACUGAAUAAGCCAAUGAAGUGUCAGAUGAUGGAGGAAGGUGCCGCCACAUCGCUGGGAGAGAAGCUCAACGAGCGCAUCGCACAACUCAAUGCAGCCGUCGCGGCACUGGCCGCCGCUACCACAGAUCGAGAGCACCCAGACUAUGAGGCUGCCGAAAAAGCAGUGGACACCAUCUCACAAAUAAUGCCGCAUCUAAUACAAGAUUCUCAAAAGCUAUGCGGCACGAAGUCAGCCGCGGAGCAGGCGGCCAUGCUGCAGGAGCUGCGCGCGCUGUGCGAGGCCACGCAGGAGCUGUGUGACAAUGCUGGACAACCACAGGGUGUGGGUGAUGGUAUUGCUAAAUAUACAGACGCUUCGAGGAAGUUGGUGUACUGCGCCACGCCCCGAGCUGACAAUGAGAUGGAGAAUGAGAUUCUUGGUUUGUCAACGGAUGCUUGUGGCAAGGCGUCGGAGCUGCUGAGCCAGGUGCAGCAGCUGACGGAGCGCGUGGCAGAUGCAGGCGCAGCUGCGGAGCUGGACCGCUGCGGGGCCAGCGCUGCAGACGCCGCGCAGGCACUGCUCACUGUCGCGCAGGCUACUGCGUCAACCAUUGAUAGCCCUCACUGCAAGGAGCAGUUGAUCUCAGCGGCGCAGAAGCUACGUGUCUGCGCGGACGAGCUGACGGCGUCGUGCGAGCCUCACACAGCUCAGCUCCCGGACGCGCGCCGCCAGCUCGGCACCUCGCACCGCCAGCUUGCUGACUGUCUCGACAAACUCAUGCAAGCUUGUCAGAGAAUACCUGAAGCUUCUCAGAGUGGUGUAUCACAACCUCAAAAAGAGAAGCAGCGACUCAAAUUCAUGAACAGCUUGACUGGAGCCAGGAAUCGACUUUACGACUCCGAACAGCAGCUCAAACAGCCGUUGGUAAAGCACCAGCUGCAGCCCGAGCAGGCAGCAGCCGUGGAGCAGAGGUUGUCGCGGCGCCUGGCGCAGCUCAACGCUGCAGUCGCUGCACUUGCUGCUGCUAAAGCUGAUCCUAAGAACUCAGACUGGAUAGCUGCAGAACAGGCUGUGAAGGAAAUAUCUGAACUGAUGCCAUUGAUUGUUCAAGAUUCCCGCCAAUUAUCAAGCACAAAAAACGGGGCAGAGCAAGCAGCCAUGUUGGAUGAACUGAAGGCUCUGUGCCACGCUAGCCGCACGCUUUGUGAAAACUCUGAGACUGAUCCUAAAAUAAGUACUAAGGAGUUCCAUAAGACGGCCAGCAAGCUGAAGUUCAUUGUUAGUCCCACUGCUGACAAGGCUAAAGCAAAACAGGUAGAAGAGCUUGGGAAGGCAGCGUGCAAGCAGGCUGAACGUCUGGCGCUUAACGCGCAGACUGCCUGCCCUGCGCAGGCGCCGCUAGCCUCGCGCCUCCAGGAAGCUGCUGAUACCUUGGGUUCUGUGGUACAGGCUACAAGUUCCAGUCCAUCAGACCCAAGUUGUUCUGCAGCAGUGCAUUCAUCAGCAGACAACGUGCGUCGCUGUGCACAACAGCUCACGUCUUCCUGUGAGCCACCGCUGAUGAUGCGACCAGAAGUCUGGCAACAGUUGCUGUCCUGUCAGAGAGAGCUUAACAAUGACCUUGACAAAUUAGUACAAGCUUAUCAGCCCGAACAUAGCGGUAUCAUAGGCACCGGUUCCAAGCAACAGGAGCAGCAACGUCUGAAGUUCAUCAACAGUGCGUCUGGUGCCAAGGGUCGCCUGAAUGCGGCUGAACAACUGCUGAAAGAGCCGUUGGUGUGUCAGCUGAUGAAGGAAGAUGCCGGCGCGGCGCUACAGCGCAGGCUCGGGGCGCGCGUGGCGCAGCUCAACGCCGCCGUGGCCGGGCUCACUGCUGCCACCGCAGACCGUGAGCACCCCGACUACGCGGCGGCGGACCAGGCCAUCCAGCAGAUUGCCCAACUCAUGCCGCAAGUGGUACAAGAGUCCCGCACGCUAUGCGGCACGAAGUCAGACGCGGAGCAGGCGGCCAUGCUGCAGGAGCUGCGCGCGCUGUGCGAGGCCACGCAGGAGCUGUGUGAGCACGCGGGGCAGGCACAGGGAGUCAGCGACGCUGCCGCCAAGUUCUCCGCGGCGUCAGGCAAGUUGGUAUACGUCGUGAGCCCCAAGGCACAGGAUGCUCACGAGAAACAGGUGAUGGCUCUGGCCGCGACUUCAUGCGGCAAGGCAUCGGAGCUGCUGAGCCAGGUGCAGCAGCUGACGGAGCGCGUGGCAGAUGCAGGCGCAGCUGCGGAGCUGGACCGCUGCGGGGCCAGCGCUGCAGACGCCGCGCAGGCACUGCUCACUGUCGUGCAAAUGACAGCUCCGACGAUCAGCGACCCUCAGUGCCAGAAGCAGUUGAUCUCAGCGGCGCAGAAGCUGCGUGUCUGCGCGGACGAGCUGACGGCGUCGUGCGAGCCUCACACAGCUCAGCUCCCGGACGCGCGCCGCCAGCUCGGCACCUCGCACCGCCAGCUUGCUGACUGUCUCGACAAACUCAUGCAAGCUUGUCAAUCAGUACCUCAAGAAGUUGUAUCCAUUCGAACAAGACCGGCUGGAAAAUACUUGUUUGGCGGUGUAACAUUAUGUAGGCCAGCUAUUCGUAGAAGCAGGGAAAGGUCAUUUGAGCUAUAUGGUAUGAAACCAUUUAAUACUAGUGAAGCCUUUAGCAAGCAUGUGUCCAAAUAUCAAAAAAUAUUUAAAUACACGGACCCGCAAUCAGUAAUAAAGGCGUUUAAAGACAUAAAAGUUAAGUCUACAGAGGAUCUAUGGGGAAUGUCUGUUGCGGAUAGGCAGUUCAAAGCACAAGUAAAUAAACUGAACUCCCAGGGUGCUAGCAUAUCUAUGGGCUUACCCCCUGGUUCGAUAUUAGGUCCUUUCUUGUUUUUAGUGUAUAUAAAUGACUUACCUCAUUUAUUUCAACGUAAACGUAAACGAAUAGUAUUAUUUGCUGAUGACACAUCGUUGAUUUUUAAAAUAAAUAGACGGACAGAUAAUUAUGACGACAUCAGACAGCUAGCAGAUGUGGACACUGCAAGACUGGUGUACUUCAGCUACUUUCAUAGCAUUAUGUCGUAUGACAUCUUGUUGUGGGGACAGGCUGCUGACAUUGAGUCUAUUUUUGUCUUGCAAAAGCGUGCAAUCAGAGCAAUUUACAGCCUAAGGCUUCGCGAAUCCCUUCGAGAAAUGUUUAAAGAGAUCAAUAUUAUGACGGUGCCAUGCGAAAUACAACAAUUAAAUGAAGGAAAUUUAAAAUUAUGCGCAAAGAAAACUUUAUGUAGACAAGCACUGAAUGAUUAUAUUGUAGAUAAAGAUGCUUGGAGACAUGCUAGUCCUGCUCCACGGGAUAGCAAACCUACAUCAAAAUAA